AGCCCAGCGGAGUCGGAGCAGACGCUGGAAAUAGACAACAACAGUGACGGGCAGAGACGGCAUUUCUCUUUUGCUUUUAGUUAUGGGUGUAGUCUGAGCGGUAGAUACAGUAGCGCGCCGCAGUUUACCUCGAAGUUUCAUCCUGAUGAAGGAGCUCCGUCCUGGCUGAGUUUGGGAGAUGGGAGUACUUAGCAUCGCAGACCAGCCUCCUCUGGUCCAGGCUAUCUUCAGUCGUAAUACUGAAGAAGUUCAACUGUUAUUGCACAAAAAGGAAGAUGCCAAUGCACUGGACCAGGAGCGUCGCACGCCUCUUCAUGCUGCUGCCUGUGUGGGUGACGUCCAUAUAAUGGACAUCCUCAUUGAAUCAGGCGCCAACGUCAACGCUAAAGACCACAUUUGGUUGACCCCGUUGCACAGAGCAGCCGCUUCCAGGAAUGACAGGGCAGUGGGUCUUUUGCUGAGACGUGGAGCCGAGGCAAAUGCACGAGACAAGUUUUGGCAAACGCCACUUCAUGUGGCUGCUGCCAACCGGGCCACGCGCUGUGCAGAGGCCCUGCUGACCCAGCUGAGCAACCUGAACAUGGCAGACCGCACUGGCCGGACUGCCUUACACCAUGCAGCUCAAAGUGGCUUCCAGGAGAUGUUGAAGCUGCUGCUGAACAAAGGGGCCAACCUGAGUGCCAUUGAUAAGAAGGAGAGACAGCCUAUUCAUUGUGCUGCUUAUUUGGGACAUUUGGAAGUGGUGAAGAUGCUGGUUUCCCGCGGUGCUGACAAGAGCUGCAAAGAUAAGCUGGGUUACACUCCUCUCCAUGCUGCUGCUGCGAGCGGUCACAUUGAAAUUGUAAAGUACCUACUGAGGAUGGGAACAGAGAUUGAUGAGCCUAAUGGCUUUGGGAACACUGCGCUCCAUGUUGCUUGCUACAUGGGGCAGGAAGCUGUGGCUACAGAACUGGUGAACCACGGCGCUAACGUUAACCAGCCCAACAAGUGUGGCUACACCCCUCUGCACCUGGCUGCCGUCUCCACCAACGGUGCCCUCUGUCUGGAGUUGCUGGUCAACAAUGGGGCAGAUGUCAACCAGCAGAGUAAAGAAGGGAAGAGCCCCCUGCACAUGGCAGCGAUUCACGGACGCUUCACACGCUCUCAGAUCCUCAUCCAAAAUGGAGGGGAGAUAGACUGUGUGGAUAAGUAUGGCAAUACCCCUCUCCAUGUUGCUGCUAAGUACGGCCAUGAACUGCUGAUCAGCACUCUGAUGACCAACGGAGCAGACACGGCCAGACGUGGGAUCCAUGGAAUGUUUCCUUUGCACUUAGCGGUGCUGUACGGGUUUUCAGACUGUUGUCGCAAGUUACUCUCCUCAGGUCAGCUGUAUAGUAUAGUUUCAUCUAUGAGUAAAGAACACGUACUGUCAGCUGGGUUUGACAUCAACACCCCAGACAACUUUGGGAGGACCUGCCUACACGCUGCUGCCUCUGGAGGAAAUGUUGAAUGUCUGAACUUGCUCUUAAGUAGCGGUACCGACUUGAAUAAGAGAGACAUAAUGGGAAGGACACCAUUGCACUAUGCUGCUGCUAAUGGGAGGUACCAGUGCACUGUAAACCUGGUGAGCGCUGGCGCUGAGGUCAACGAGCCUGACCAGACAGGCUGCACUCCCCUGCACUACUGUGCUGCCUCCCAAGCCUUCAGCAGAACUGAUCGUAAUUUUUCUGGAAAUCAUCAAAGUAACGAGGAUGAAACGAGGGAGUCGUACUUCUGCUUGGAGCAUCUUUUGGACAACGGUGCUGAUCCAUCCAUGGUGAACUCUAAAGGUUACAGUGCUGUUCACUACGCAGCUUACCACGGCAACAAACAGAACCUGGAGCUGCUCUUGGAGAUGUCCUUUAAUGCACUCGGAGACAUAGAGAGCAGUAUUCCUGUCAGUCCCCUGCAUCUUGCUGCUGACAGAGGCCACUGGCAGGCUCUGCGAGUGCUCACAGAAACUGCAGCCUAUGUGGACAUGCAGGAUGCUGCUGGUCGUUCUGUGCUCUACUUGGCUGCACAGAAAGGCUAUGCUCGCUGUGUGGAGGUCCUUCUGGCUCAGGGAGCCUCCUGUCUCCUCAAUGACAACACUCUCAUGUGGACUCCAAUUCAUGUUGCAGCUGCCAAUGGUCACUCAGACUGCUUGAGGAUGAUGAUCGAUUAUGGAGAGGAGGGAGAUCUUACCAACGUGACAGACAAAUUUGGCCAGACUCCUUUAAUGUUAUCUGUUGUGGGAGGUCACACUGACUGUGUCCACUACCUGCUGGAGAAGGGUGCCCUCCCAGACGCUAAGGACAAGAGGGGCUGCACAGCUUUGCACAGAGGGGCAGUGUUGGGACAUGAUGACUGUGUAACGACUCUGCUGGAGCACAGAGCUUCUGCGUUGUGUCGGGACGUCCAGGGUAGGGCUCCGCUGCACUAUGCUGCCUCUAGAGGCCACGCAGAGAUACUGGCCAGUCUGGUGCAGGCCGCCGUCGCAGCCGACUCACAAGAUAAAUUGCUGGACAACAAACAAUACACCCCAUUACACUGGGCUGCUUACAAAGGGCACGAAGACUGUUUGGAGGUUUUACUUGAAUUAAAAACAAUUGUACAUGAAGAGGGAAACCCUUUCACCCCCCUGCACUGUGCUCUGAUGAACGGCCACAGCGGUCCUGCAGAGAGACUGCUGGAGUGUGCCGGCGUUCAAAUGAUUAACACCAGAGAUGCCAAAGGAAGGACCCCGCUGCACGCUGCUGCAUUCGCUGAGGAUGUCUCAGGACUUCAGCUAGUGCUUCGCCAUGGGGCAGAGAUCAAUGCUGUGGAUAAAGGUGGACAUUCUGCUCUGAUGGUGGCUGCUGACAAGGGACACAGUGGCACUGUGGCCAUCCUCCUCCACCGGGCCAAGGCCGACCUGACACUUUUGGAUGAGAACAGGAACACCGCCCUGCACCUGGCUUGCAGCAAGGCCCAUGAAAUGUGUGCUCUGCUGAUCCUGGGAGAGAUCCACAGUCCCACGCUCAUAAAUGCCACUAACAGUGCUCUGCAAAUGCCGCUUCAUCUUGCAGCUCGAAACGGCCUGGCUACGGUGGUGCAGGCACUGCUGAGUAGAGGAGCCACAGUCCUGGCUGUGGAUGAGGAAGGCCACACCCCAGCUCUGGCCUGCGCUCCCAACAAGGAUGUGGCGGACUGCCUGGCUCUGAUCCUAUCUACCAUGAAGCCUUUCCCUCAGCGGGACCCUUCCUCCUGCUCCUCCUCCUCCCCCACCGUCACCUCCUCCGCGGGUCUCAACCUGCUGAAGCACUGCGGUAUCACCGCCGCCUGCUCCCCUCUGCCCAGCAAUGGCCUCCACAACGGCUACGUCAAAGACCGCCACGGUGCAGCGGUUGGCCUGGACGGGUGUCUGUCUGAGUGAGGUCUCAGUCAGCUGCUACUAACAUCACCACCCCCAGGGAGCAACUACCUUAAACAUGGUCAAGAGGACCAGAAGAGCACCCACCCACAUGUCUGUUUUCUCUGUAUGUACGUGUUUGUGUGUCUGUGUGUGCGUGAGUGUUUGGUCUUCUCUUGAGGUGCAGUCAAACCUAUUAUGCAAUUAGAUCCCAUUCCUCCAUCUCCUAGUAGUGCUUAAUGCGUCGAGGUAGAUUGCUCUACAAGGUCACUCCAUCGAGUCGAAGCAUUCAAGAUAAACACUAACAAUCUGGCCGUGUCCAAAUUAUUUAACCCUUUAAAUCCAUGCAAACAUCGUUCUAGAGCAUGGAAGUGUCCGUUUCAGCUGUCCUCUGCAUCUCAUUCAGUAAAAAACAUUAAUCCACUGAGGUGACCUUGUAGAGGAUCUUAGAGCCUUCACUAAAGAAUGAUCAAAGAUUUUUUUGUUAUUUUGAGGGUUCUUUUUUUAAUUUGUAUGUUAGCCUAGAUUUUAUGAAGGAACCACACAAGGGAAAGACAAAAACAUCUAAAUUUUGCUCAGAGUGCAAUGCUUUUUGUACUACAGUACAAUCUGAAAUUUGGAAAAGGGUCUCAAAGUUGUUAUUCCAUAUUGUGUGAUAAAUGUACGGCCUAGAGUUGUUUGGCAUUUUAAGAUUAAUUUGGUAAUGCUGCUGAAUUCAUUAGCAUGUCUCCUUCCGAAGGAGAGCCAUGUUGGGGUCAGCACACCCCCACGUUCUAAAUGCUGACCUCCUUUAAAAAAAGAUGCUAAAAAUAAGUGUUUGUUAAGCUAGAAUGUUUCUAAGCAUAUAAGUUAUGACCAAAGUUGAUCAACACUACUAUGGCUAUAAAUUAUUUAUUUGAGAAGAACUGUACUGUAUAGAGAAAGACAAUAGAUCUUGAUAUACCUCGUCAACUCGUUUAGCAGCUGCUUCAUCUUCACCCAGGGUCUGUAGGCCUAAGGUUCUCCGUUUGUAAGACUGGAGAACCUCUGUAGGAUAGUGACUGACUGAGGCCUUGUUUAUUUCUAGAUUAAGGCUUUACUAGUAAUAUCUGCCAACAACACCUCAUUAAAGCAUCAUAUAUUUGAGCACAUAAAUGAACAAGCCAUUUCAAUUUAUUAUUUCCCCAUUUCUUAAACAGUGUUUUAUUUUUUUUUCUUCAACAAAGAUUUUAGAUUUGAAUGGCCUGAUUAGAAGAGAAGGGGGUUUCCGUUUUAAGGCACUAAUAAUGUUUUGUUGUCUUGACAUUUUGAAGUUGAACUGGCCAUCAACAUAGUGGAUUUAAGGUCUGACUAAAGGAGUAUUUCCUGGAGCUGAUGAACUUGUCUUAAGAAUCUAAUAGUUUGUAAUUGCAGCUACUUUGUGGUCAACUCUGAUCCGUUUGAACAGAUAUAUGUAUUGGGCAGUUUUAAGCAAUAUUUCUUUUUCUUUUCUUUUUUUUUUGCCUUUUUGUUAAGUGUUUUUGAAUAGACAAUCACUGUCACAAGGGCUUUUGUUUCCCUAGAAUGUGUUUUUUUUUUCUUUACGUUUCCUUUUUUUAAUUUAUUAUAUCAUGAAAAUUUUACCUAAAGACUAAACGA